AUGCUAGCACGAAAUCUCACGGCCGCGUUCUCUGAACAACUUCGUGCCGUCAUAAACAAUACCCCUACUCAGCAACGAGUACUGGAAGAUAUGGCUGCACAGAUAAAAAGCCUGGAGGAACGAAUCGAGCCCCAUCCUGAGAUACCAAAAUCCCAUGAAUCUCAAGAAGGGAACUCAAGGACCUCCCACUCCAGUAGACGCAAUAAGAACAGGCGGGAAAGGUCCAAAACUUACCCACAUCCUGGCAAGACAGAUACACGAGAUGGCGACUCCAAAACCGCCACUCCGGAUGCUCGAACUUUCCUAGAGAGCAAAAAACGAAGGACGUCCGAGAGCGUCCAGUCCCUGGUAGAUAAAAGGAGGGAGGAAAGAAAGAAGGCGGAACUCGCUGGAUCUAGCCGCCCCCUCAUUUCCGCCACCAUGCCGCGGAAUGAGGCCACCAAGAGUGUCCUCCCCGAAGAGCCCAUAUCAUUAGUCUCUCCCCUGGCCAUGGAGAUACUGAAUACUCCCAACCCCGAGAAAAUAAAAGUGCCAAACAUGGCUGCUUUCGAUGGCACGUCAUGCCCACAAGAGCACCUGACGGCAUAUAAAAAUCUCAUGCUGUUGUACACCACCAACUCAUCGUCAUGGUCCUCAAAAAGGCAGGAGAAAUCAAACUUCCACCUGCUUAGUGUCACUCAGUUGGAAGGGGAAUCCAUAUCCUCUUAUCUCAAGAAAUUCCAUGAGGCAGUGCUGGAAUUCCAGUUGGUUGAAAGUCAAGUAAAAACGUAUGCAGAGGCCAUGAAACAAUGCCAAAGCUACGUCACGGCCUCGGAGAUAUGUCAAGCCCAUGACCCGAAACGGCGGAAAUCCGAAAAGAAGGAAGCCGGGUCCUCUCUUCAAUCCACACGACGCAGAGAGGAACAUUCUCCGAGGGAGAGAAAUUACAUGCCGCGUCGUCCUGGGCCACCAUCUGAUAUGGGACCUCCACGGGCCAGACAGGUAUAUGUUGCAGGAGGAGAGACCAGGACGCGGAAUCUGGGGGACGGAGGCUACGACCCAAUGUUCAAUCGAAACAGGAGGGACAUUUUCUUUGCUGUUCGAGGUCAAUUACCGGCUCCACCUCCUGUCACCACCCCCUCUGAUAGAUCCCCAAAGAGGAACGAAGCCCGACAUGAAAGUUCCGACACUCAAGGAACUAUCAACAUGAUUUUUGGGGGAUACACUGAGGAAUAUCCCACCAUCCGGGCUGCAAAGAACAGUGUCCACACUUUGCUGAAGGGGCCUCCCAAAGCCUCAUCUAAGGGACCGGUCAUGAAGUUCGAUGCCACGACCUCUCAACCGCUGCAACAACCUCAUACCGACCCUCUGGUGGUCACUCUUAAAAUCGGCCAAAUGAAGGUCAGACGGGUGCUGGUAGAUACGGGAAGCACGGCCGAUCUUAUCACAAUGGAGUGCUUGAGACAAAUGAAGUUCGAGGAAAAGCACUUGCAACCCCUAGACAAACCCCUGAUUGGGUUUGGAGGAAGUCAGGUCAUCCCGUUGGGCACAAUCAUUCUCCCCGUACGGGUAGGGGAGAAAAAUGAAAGCCGUACCAUGCCCAUACGGUUCACAGUGGUAGAUCUCAACUUUCCCUACAAUGCCAUCAUGGGGCUCCCACUCAUUAACAAGAUCAAGGCAGCCAUCUUUCCCCAUCAACUCCUGCUGCAAUUCGAAACAGAUAACGGGCAAGUGGGCAUUCUGAAAGGAGACCAGGUGACGGCUCGCCAAUGCCUCGUCAACACCCUAAAGCACAGGCCUUCCGAGACACCUGCAAAGAGAAAGAGGGAAGACAAGGUCCCAGCUGUCAUGAGCGUGUACAGGGAAAAUCCCAACACGCAUGAAAGGCCCCGCCCCAUAGAACGAUAUGAGGAAGUGAACAUGUUCGAGGGGAAACAAAUCAAGAUAGGGAAAGAUCUUCCUGACACGGUCAAUGUCGCGUGUCAUAAACUUGACAUCAAACCAGGCUAUAAACCCGUAAAACAAAAGCUGCGACAUCAAGGAAAAGAGCGGACUGAGGCCGCCAAGGAAGAAGUUGAGAAGUUGCUGAAAGCCGGAUUUAUCAAAGAGUGCCGAUACUCAGAGUGGCUAUCCAACGUUGUUCUGGUAAAAAAACCAAAUGGCAAAUGGAGGAUGUGUGUCGACUUCACAGACCUGAAUAAGGCAUGCCCCAAAGACGAUUAUCCACUUCCAAAGAUAGAUCGUCUGGUCGACUCCACAGCAGGCCAUGCAUUAUUAAGCUUCAUGGAUGCCAACGCCGGCUAUCAUCAGAUCCCAUUGGCCACCGAAGAUCAACCGCACACGGCCUUCAUUACUAGCACGGGGGUCUAUUGCUACAAGAGCAAACAAGCAGGUCAGCAUGCCGCGGACUUACGAGAAACCUUCCUUACCUUGCAAAAACACCAGAUGAAACUCAAUCCCGACAAGUGCGUGUUUGGAGUUACCGGAGGAAAGUGCCUCGGCUUUCUGGUAGACGAGCGGGGCAUUGAAGCAAAUCUCGAUAAGAUCCGGGCCAUACAGAACAUGAGAUCCCCCACCUCAGUAAAAGAAGUACAAAAGCUCACGGGGUGCAUAGCCGCUCUCGGAAGAUUCCUUUCCAAGUCUGCAGAUAAAUGUUCCCCCUUCUUUAAGACAAUAAAACAACAGAAGUUUGAAUGGACAGCAGAGGCAGAAGAGUCCUUUCGCCAACUCAAGGAGCACCUGUCCACAUUGCCGAAACUAGUUUCUCCCAUCAAAGGGGAGAAACUAGUCCUAUAUGUUUCUGUAUCUGAGUACUCGUUAUCCGGUGUACUGGUUGCGGAAAGGGAAAAGAAACAGCUCCCCAUAUACUACGUGAGUCAUGUAUUCCGCGGCUCGGAGGGAAACUACGGUGAAGUUGAGAAAGUCAUAUUCGCAAUCGUGAUGGCAAGCAGAAAAUUGAAGCCCUACUUCCAAUCCCACCAGAUCAUCAUCCGGACUGAUCAACCCUUGAAAAAGAUAUUGGAAGGAAAAAACAAGUCAAGCCGCGUCACAGAUUGGGAGUGGAAGUUGUAUGUGGAUGGGUCCUCAACACAAUCAGCUAGUGGAGCUGGACUCCUCAUCAUGUCUUCCGCAGGGGUCCGUAUGGAAAGGGCAGUCAGGUUCGAGUUCGCAGCAUCUAACAACGAGGCCGAAUAUGAAGCAUUAUUGAUGGGAUUGAGAAUUUGCUACGAAUCGGGAGCCAAAAACUUGUCCGCCUUCUCUGACUCCCAAUUGAUCGUGGGACAAGUCAACGGGGAAUUCGAAGCUAAGGAUGAUAGCAUGAAGAUGUAUUUGCAGCAGGUAAAAGAAUUUGUUCAAAAAUUCGACAAGUUCACAUUGGAGCACAUUCCAAGAUCCCAGAAUGCCCAAGCUGAUUCCCUAGCAAAGCUGGCCAGCUCAGCAGAGACAUCCGCGGCUCGAGACAUUAUCUGGGAAGUACUUCCUAACCCCAGCAUCAACUUCAUGGUCAACAGCAUCGACAGAUCAGAUACAUGGAUGGAGCCGUACAUCGAAUAUUUGCGAAAUCAGACGCUUCCCCAAGAUAAAAGCCAGGCCAAUAUGCUCCAGAAGAAAGCAAGAUGGUUCGAACUCCACGAAGGAACGCUCUACAAGAAGUCGUACACACACCCCCUCCUGAAAUGUGUAUCCCCUGAAGAAGGAAACUAUAUCCUUCGCGAAAUACAUGAAGGAGGAUGCGGUGUACAUCAGGGAGUGCGAACUGUCAUCGGGAAAGUCCUGAGAAGCGGAUACUAUUGGCCCUCACUCCGAGAAGACGCGGAGUACUUGAUCAAGAGAUGUCCUGAAUGCCAAUACCACUCCAAGAUAGGAAGGAAGCCGUCUAAUUACUUGACUGCCAUACAAGCCGUUUUGCCUUUCGACAAAUGGGGCAUGGAUCUUCUUGGUCCCUUCCCUCCGGCAAAAGGGCAACGCAAAUUCAUCAUUGUGGCCAUUGAUUACUUUACAAAGUACGUAGAAGCAGAAGCCCUUAGCUCAAUCACGGACAAACAAGUUUGUCAAUUUAUAUGGCGGAAUAUCAUCACAAGGUACGGCAUUCCUCGGGUGAACAUAACAGAUAAUGGAAGGCAGUUUGUCAGCAAGAACACCAUCGAGUAUUGCGACAAGUUUAACAUCCAGAUCAGAUUCAGCUCGGUGUCCAGGCCACAAACCAAUGGUCAAGUAGAGUCCGCAAACAAAGAAAUCCUGAACGGCAUUAAAAAGAAGAUAGAGGGGGUUAAAGGCAAUUGGGAUGAAGAACUACCAGGCAUCUUAUGGGCAAGUCGAACAACCGUUAAAGAAGUAACGGGGCAUACACCUUUCUCUUUAGUAUAUGGAUCUGAAGCCGUGCUCCCCGUUGAAAUAGGCGUACCCUCCACAAGGGUUUCAUUUUCAGAAUAUCCGGCUCUUAUGUUUGCAAAUCUUAUUAAAUCAUCGGACCCACAGAUUGGGGUUCCUAAGUUCGAAAAUCUGAGAUGUUUCCUAACUGGAACAUCGAUAAGUCGGACCCCCAGAUAG